AGAACAUGAUCAUGAACAAACCUGGGGUUUAAGAUGCUGAUGCUGAUGUGGAUUACAGUGGUGCUUUUUAGUCAGACUGUUUCUGCACAAAAGAACGUCAUCCAUCAGCCGAACCCGGUGAUCUCUGCUGCUUCUGGUGAUAACGUGACUCUACAGUGCUUUCGAACAAACAAGGGAAGCACUGAAACCAUCAUUUGGUACAAACAAGCAGCAGGUCAGGAGCCUUGUGUAAUGGUCACAGUGCAAAAACUAUCACUGGAUCCUAUUUUUGGAGAUGAUUUCAAAUCGCCAAGGUUUACUGUUGAGGAUUUAAAAGAAAGCUGUGAUUUGAAAAUUACUAACGUGGAACCGUCAGACGAAGCCGUGUAUUACUGUGGAUUAAAAAUGAUUACAGUAGAGUUUGGAAAAGGAACAUUUUUAUCAGUGAAAGGUAAUGAAGAUGUAAAAGUGUCGGUGUGGCAGCGUGCCGUGUCGGACUCGGUUCCUGCAGGAGCCUCAGUGACUCUGCAGUGCUCGGUUCUCUCUGAGAGCAGAGCAGCAGAACUCCAAGUGCUCUGGUUCAGAGCUGCUCCACCACAAUCCCAUCCUCAAAUCAUUUACACUCAUCACAACAGCAGCCAUCAGUGUGAGAGCGGCUCUUCUACACACACCUGUGUGUACAACUUCACCAAGAACAUCCUCAGCCUCAGUGAUACUGGAACUUACUACUGCGCUGUGGCCCUGUGUGGGAAGAUCAUAUUUGGGAAUGGGACACAAGUACAGCUGGAGAACUCUGCAACGUCUUAUAAUCCUGUAGUGGUCAGUUUGACAACAGCCUUGGUAAUGUGCGGGAUUCUGAUUUCUGUUCAAACUGUUUUACUCUGUAAAAGGAAAAACUGUCAACAAUGCAAAGAAAGAAGUCAGCAUGGUGCUGUGAUAAACACUGAGAAGAUGAACACUCAGGAUCCUGAUGGCAUGGAGCUGAAUUACGCUGCAUUACAUUUUAAUGAAAGGAAAACUAAAAGAGUGAGAGGAACCCGAGGUCGAUCUCAAGAAAGUGUGUACUCAGAAGUGAAAACUUCCACCAUUACUCACUAAAAUAAUCUUCAACAUUAUGGUACCUGAAAUUGUUUGUACAUAUUUUCGAUCUGUUUCAUUGUUUUUGUUUAUAAGGGGUCUAUAAACUAGCAUUUUUUUUUUUCUGGAAUGGUUUGAUUCCAUUUAUCUCAGUACAAAGUUCUUCUUUGUUAGUUAGACAGCAUUCACCAUCAUCAUCAUCAUCAUCUGAGGGAAAUCUUUUAGAAGAACAGCGUUCCCUGAUCUAGUCCAGAUCUGUUCUGGAGUCUUGUGGCACCUCAAGCAAGCCACUUUUAUUUAUCUUUUUUUUUUUUUUUUUUUAAUUGGUCAGCCGUCUGUAGAUUUAGUUACUUCUAUUCUGAAAUAUUUAUGUCCUUUGAUGAAACACAUGACUGAAAAGAUUAGAUUUCUGUAAGAAUCAUCCCACAGUGAGUCAAGUUUUUGUUAAAAUUAUGUCCAAGAUGAAGAAGUGGCUUACUGAUGCCACAGAGGAUCUCAGCCUUUCAUCAGACAUCAUUCUUUUCCAUAUUCUUCUGCCUGCUUUCAUAGUUUGUUAUUCAAUUUAUUAUUAUUUAUUUUUACACUCAUCAGUAAUGUAUCUAGAGCAAAUCUUACAUGUACUGGAUUCCUCUUUGUAUGUAUAAGUGGGUGGAGUCUGUGGUUUACUGGAGUCUGUGGAAGGGUGAAGAUUGAAAUAACCUACUUUCCACUUAUC